AUGACUCGUUCCACCGAAGCACUGGUCGCCCACUCCCUCGGGGCGGACCCCGAAUUCACCCCCGUCACGCUGGACAACCUGCAGCCGACAGAGGCCCUCGUGGAGGUUCAUGCCACAGGUAUCUGCCACACGGACAUUGCCUGUAUAGAAGGGAAGCUUCCAGCACAGUUUCCUAACGUUCUUGGCCACGAAGGCGGCGGUGUCGUUCUCGAAGUCGGUUCUGCCGUGAAAGAUGUCAAGAAAGGGGACAAAGUCCUCCUCAGUUACAACUUCUGUGGCGACUGCUCCCACUGUACAGAGGGUCAUCCAGCAUACUGUGAGAGUAUGAUUCCGCUGAACUUUGGCGGUAAACGUUUGGACGGAACCCAGACGGUCUCCCUGGCCAAGGACCCCUCAACCCCGGUCUUCGCGAACUUUUUUGGUCAAAGUACAUUUUCCCGCAUCGCUCUCGUUAGUGGCUCGUCUCUCGUCCGUGUCCCCGACUCGACGCCAUUGGAGCUCUUUGCACCCCUUGGAUGCGGUUUGCAGACUGGAGCCGGCUCCAUUUUCAAAUCCCUUAACGUCAAACCCCGAAGUAAGGUGGCUAUCUUUGGCGCCGGGUGCGUCGGGCUGAGUGCAGUCAUGGCAGCCAAGAUCCGCGGCGCUGCUAUGAUCAUUGCGGUGGACAUUCAGCCGGACCGUCUGGAAAUGGCUCGUGAACUCGGCGCAACGCACCUCAUCAACGGCAAGGACAAGGAUCUCCUCCAACAGAUUCAAGAUCUGUGCAAGCCAGGCAAGGGCGUAGAUUAUGCCCUGGACUGCUCGGGUGUGCUCAGCGUGAUCGAGACGAUGAUCCAAUCGCUGGGGAUGCGAGGGCGAGCAACAAGUGCGGGUGCUCCUGCGCCAGGGCAGCGAGUUGCGGUGGAUGUGUUUUCGCAUCUUGUCUCAGGACGAGAGUAUGUCGGUUGCCAUCAGGGAGGAAGUGUUGCGGCCGAGAUGAUCCCCUUCCUGAUUGAACAACACAACCAAGGGAAAUACCCGCUUGAGAGAUUGAUCAGAUAUUACAACGUGAAGGACGCACAGCAGGCAUUCCAAGACAUGAAGGGUGGAAAGGUCCUAAAGCCUGUGCUCGUUUGGAGCGAAUCUAGCUUACAGAACUAG